UGCGUUGUUCUCCUCUGAGUCCACCUGAAAAUGGAAAAAUGUCCACCAAUGAGACUGUUUGUAACACUACGACUGAGCUUACAUGCAAUGAAUGCUACAACGUGACAGGAGAGUCAUUUCUUACAUGUCAAUGUUCAGGUGACUGGAACUAUGAAGUUCCCAGCUGUUUUCUUGUUCAUUGUGGCUUGUUGGAGGCACCAGCGUUUGGAACAAUGUCAACUAAUGAUACAGCCUGUGGGACAAAGACUCAAUUCGCAUGUGAUGAAUGCUAUGAUCUUAUCGGAAAUUCUAGUCUGACCUGUUUGCCAAAUGGAGAAUGGGAUAAUCUUGUACCUACUUGUCAAUACAAGAAUUGUUCCAUACUGAGUGCUCCUGAUAAUGGCUUGUUGUCAAGUUCAGACAGAGGCUGCAAUCAGUCCGUACAUGUCAGUUGCAAAGAAUGCUAUAGUCUUCAAGGAAAUGAGACUCUGACUUGUCUGACAUCUGCUAACUGGAGUCAACCAGUUGGAUUGUGUAACAGGAUACACUGUCCUUUACUGAAUUCUCCAACAAACGGUGAUAUUUCCAGCCACGAGACUACAUGCAAUACAACCACUCAUUUUACAUGCAGUGAAUGCUUCAAUCUCAGCGGUCCAUCAUUUCUGACAUGUCAUUCUUCUGGUGUUUGGAACUUUGAGCCACCCGAGUGUCUUGCUGUUCAUUGCCCAUUGUUGGAUGAACCAGUAUUUGGAUCAAUGUCAUCAAUACAGACUGUCUGUGGUACAGUGACUCAGAUUAUGUGUGAACCAUGUUACAGUCUUGUUGGAAAUUCAAGUCUGGCCUGUCUAUCAAAUGGAGAGUGGAAUGACACAAUCCCCGUAUGCCAAUAUAAACAGUGUCCUAUUCUGGAAGUUCCUGAGAAUGGGUUUUUAUCUACUACUGACAGAGGUUGCAGCACGUCAGUGGCUGUGGGGUGUGACGAAUGUUAUGACCUUUAUGGGAGUGAUACAUUGACUUGUCAAGAAACUGGUGACUGGAAUCAAUCUGUUGGAUCAUGUCAAGUUAUUCAUUGUUCUCGUUUGAGCUUGCCCACUAAUGGUCACAUGUCGAGUAACGAGACACAAUGUAACACAACUACUUUAUUUUCAUGCAACGAAUGCUACUAUCUUAGUGGUGUCUCAUCUUUGACAUGUCUUCCUUCUGGGCAUUGGGACUUUGAAGUACCCAGCUGCAACCUCAUUAGUUGUUCUAUUUUGGAAGCACCAGAUCAUGGAUCAGUACACAUCAGAGACACGAACUGUUAUGCAGUGGCUCAAUUCGCCUGUGAUCAAGGAUAUGAUCUUAUUGGAAAUCGGAGGCUGACUUGUCUACCCAAUGGAGAUUGGGAUAGCAUAGUGCCAACUUGUUACGAACGAUUAUACUUUUAUUCAACCAGUAUUUUGUCAACAGCAGCGGCCUCAUCCUUUUUUACUCCUUUAUCACAAAUGCCAUCUUCAGUUGCUUUCAUGUCGCCAACAGAAACCCUGCCUAUGCCUACACCUUGUCACUUGAUUACUUGUCCACGUUUGCAGUAUCCGGUUAAUGGCAGUAUCUCGACUGGAAACAAUACAUGUAAUGCAACAGUGAAGUUUACUUGUGAUAAUUGCUAUGUCCUAGUUGGCCGAGUAAACCUCACAUGUCAGAUAAAUGGACAGUGGGAUGGAAAUCCACCACUAUGUACAGCGGUUUACUGCUCGCCACUGAUGACACCAUACCAUGGCAAGAAGAGUUCUAACAGCACUGACUGUCAAACAGUUGUUGAGUUUAGUUGUGAUGAUGGCUUUGUCCUUUCGGGACGAUCACAUCUUAUCUGCCAAUCUAAUGGGAAGUGGGACAAUUUGAAUCCUGUGUGUGAAGAUGUGAAUGAGUGUUUAUCAUUUCCCUGCCAGAAUAACGGCAGCUGCCUUAACACGUUUGGUAGCUUUAGAUGCAUCUGUACAGCAUACUUCAUGGGAACAUACUGUCACAUGUCUACCGGCAACAUGUACUCAUUUGGUACAUCUCAGAAUGAUUUUUCUCUACCGGCAUUAGAUGAUUAUUCUCAUGGUCCAAUUGCUAUUGGAGUCGGUUGUUUUCCUUUUGGCCGACAAAGUCACCAGUCAGUAUAUAUUUCAACAAAUGCUGUUAUCUCAUUUGAUCGGCCUUUUUUGAGUCCCUACCCACGUGUAUUUCCAGGUUUCACAUAUACAUCAAUUGUGGCACCUUUCUGGUCUGAUGUUGAUAUUCGUCGAGAUGGAAUGAUAUUCUAUAAUGUUUAUGAGGCAUCGUUUUCUACUUAUAUUGAAAGAGCUACCAAAGAUGUACGUGACUUCACUGGAGACAAUUUCUUUACAGCACAAUGGGUGUUGGUUGCCACUUGGUAUCAAGUGCCAAAUUAUCCUGACGGCUCUGGCACAUAUUCAGAUUCACUUUCAGAUAGGCGCAACACAUACCAAGUCGUACUUGCCACGGAUGGUAAGCAGACAUUUUCCUUGUUUAACUAUCCUAGCGAUGGUCUGCAGUGGUCAGGUCGUGGCACCGCAGCUGUAGUUGGCUACACGUCCUAUGAUGCUAGUGUAUUUUACAGUCAGUACUUGUCUGGAUUUGAUGAAGUUAUCAACCUUGUGUCUCAUCGUUCAGAUAAUGGACAAGUGGGACAGCUGCUUUAUCAAGUCAGUGAAGAUACCAACAUUUGUGCUGGCAAUUCUGUUUGCCUCAAUUGGUACUUUGACGAUAUCGAUCGUGAAGGAGUGUCUCCAAUUUGGUAUUUUUCUCUUCCACCAUGUCCUUGUUCGUUAGUUCAGGCUGCAAGCGAUUGGACGUACCAAUGGUAUCGGUCAACUUCGACAUCUGUUUGUUACGUGUCAUCAUUCCCAUCACUAUUUUAUGAUUCUCAAGUUCAGUGCUGUUAUAGCUUACCAGAAUUUGGAUUUUUUGAUGGAUUUCUUCUAAACAAUCUCCCACAAGGUGGUACUGCCAAUCGCUAUCAUGCAUCACGUUUCCCACUAUUUCAUAGCAACUUUGAUAUUCAACCUUACAAAGAUUGCUGUAUCAAGACUGAUCUUUGCAAUUUGUAUUAUCUGCGUCGUCCCUCUCAGUCAUGUUUUGGUUACUUUCCACCAUUUUGGGCUUGGACCUGGGGAGACCCACAUAUUAGUACAUUGGAUGGGAAACAGUACACAUUCAAUGGUGUUGGUGAAUACAUUCUAAUGAAGACUGUAAACGAAACAUUUGUGUUGGAAGGUCGAACACGUCUGGUAGAGAACUCGAGUGCUACUGUGUUCUCUGCAUUUGCUGCAGCUGAGUUUAUAGCAAGUACUGAUUUUAGUCGGUCGCUAUUAAAGUCAAGCGUCAUUCAUACCGAGCUGAUGGACGAUAAUACUCUUCGUGUGAAGGCUUGUUGCUACAGUUUAGAAGACACUUUUGUUUCCAGUGACUCUGCAUUGAAGAGAAGUUCUUGGCGUGAAUUUACUGGGGAGUUUGCUGGUCUUGAUAAUGUCACUCGAUUGAGAUUAGAUAACAUGGUAUUGGCUCGUCCAGCUGAUAAGAAAUUAGUGGCUGUUUUCUCUUCCGGAAUAUCAGUGACUGUGGAGAUAAAGAAAGCGUUAUUGACUGUGGUCUUUGCAGCUCCCAACACUUUUAAGGGAAAUACAAGAGGUUUACUGGGUGUGUGGGACGAUGACAAGUCGAAUGACUUGACAGCUCGAAAUGGCACAGUCAUAUCCAUCAAUUCAACUGAUCGUGAAAUCCACCAUCUCUCACAGACAUGGCAAGUAUUUGAAAACGAAUCUUUAUUCUACUAUGACGAUGGGAAUGAUGUGACUACCUUCUCUGAUCCUGAUCACAUUCCAGUUUUUCCAGAUGAAGCUGUCAGCCGCUACACAGGUGAACAAAGAACUGCAUGCAAUGACGAUCCUCAAUGUCUAUUCGACACAUUUGAAACAAAUGAUCCAGAAAUAGGACAAGAAACUCUUGUUACUAAUGCACAGCUAAUUGAACAGUCUACUUCUCUGAUGAACUUUCCUCCCGUUCUAAAUGGUAGUCAUGUCUUAAAUGCUACUCUUGGUCAGACCGUGAGGUAUGUAUUCGUUGGAUCAGACAGCGAUGCUUUCAAUGUGACAGUAGAAGGUAUUCCUCCUCCAUUGGCUGAUUAUACUUUUGCAAGAAAUGGGGAUGAGUUCGUGUUUAUUUGGACACCCGCAUCAUCUGGUAUUGUGAGUCUUCUGUUUAUUGCUAAUGAUACGACUGGUUCGAGCAGUCAGCUUCAGCCACUCAUUCGUCUGUGUGCAUGUCGGUUGGAAAAAAAUGCAGUAUGUAUAAUGACAGAUGGAGAUGGAGGAGAGGAGCAGUUUAUUCUUGAACAGUGUGAAUGCGGUAGUGGUUGGGAAGGAAGAUUUUGUAGUGUGGAUAUUGAUGCUUGUUUAACAUCAAACUGUCCAGAAGGUACUAACUGUACUGAUCGAUCUGCACCAGACACUGGUUUUGAUUGUGGAUCGUGUUCUGCUGGACUUGAGCUGGUGGCAGGCAAAUGUGAAGAUAUUGAUGAAUGCAACAAUGCAACACUGAACCACUGUCAUCAAGUGUGUAGUAAUCAAAUACCAUUUUAUAAGUGUGAAUGCUUUCACGGAUUUAGGCUGGAUGAUGACGAUGCCAACUGUUCAGACAUAGAUGAAUGUAUAGAGGGUGUCCCUUGUCACCUAGUGUGUAACAACAUACCAGGAUCUUACUGGUGCAGCUGUGACAGUGGAUUUCGGCUGGAUAGUGAUAACAUUACUUGCAUACCACAAGAAGUUUGUAGUGAGAAAGUUACAGUAUGUGAGCAUGUUUGCUCACGAAAUGCUAGUAACAACGUUGAGACAUGCAGUUGCAAUAAAGGUUACCAGCUUGACAUGAAUGCUUUCAACUGCUCUGAUAUCAAAGAGUGCGAUGAAAAGAAAGACAAUUGUGAACAGCUGUGUGUGAACACAAAUGGGUCAUUUAGCUGUGAAUGUCGUGAUGGAUAUAGAUUGCAUUCUGAUGGUCACACAUGUAGAGACAUUAACGAGUGUGUAGAGGAUCCCACUACAUGUAACAUUAUCGGACAAAAUUGUGCUAACUUACCUGGCACUUUUAACUGCUCCUGUCCUUUGGGCACAGAGGUUAUCAGUGGUGCCUGCAGAUUGGCUGAUGACUGUGCAUCCAACCCAUGUCUAAAUGAUGGAGAGUGUCGUGAUGGUUUGAGUAUGUUUACGUGUUUGUGUUCAUCAGGCUACACGGGGACUGUUUGUGAUAAAGAGGUGAACGAGUGUGACUCAGAUCCUUGCCAGAAUAAUGGUAUUUGUACGGACAGAUUUGAUAGGUAUGAAUGUGACUGUAUCCCUGGUUAUGAAGGACUGUCUUGUGAAAGAGCAACAAAUGAAUGUAACUCGAUGCCAUGCCACAAUGGGGCAGAGUGUCGUGACCUUCAUCUGAGUUAUAGUUGUCAAUGCGUAUUAGGAUUUACUGGAGAUUUAUGUGAAACAAAGAUUAACAGAUGUGAGUCGAGUCCAUGCCAACACGGUGGUACUUGUAUGGAUGUGCUGGCUGAGUAUACAUGCAACUGUAGUGGAGGUUACAGUGGAGCAAACUGCGAGAUAGAUAUCAAUGAGUGUUUGAUCAAUCCAUGUCUGAAUGGCGGUGUUUGUUCAGAUCUUGUCAAUGGGUUUGUUUGCACUUGUGCUGGUGAAUUCAGUGGAACUUUAUGUGAGAGAGAACCGAAUGUAACUAUUCCUUGUACCAGUAGUUACCUGCCAUCAGACUGUAGUAAUUUUGUUGAGUGUGCCGAGACUGCCUUUCCUUGCUCUCGAUCAUACUUCACAAAACUUCUCCUGCCAUUUUGUCAGCUACAGAGUAGCACUACGACUACCCAAACUUGGACUUCUGCUGCAAGUUCUUGCUUGAUUAAACAAAUUCAGCAAUAUUUGAAACUAAAUUAUACCAGCUUACCAUCACCAUCAGAAUGCACUACGUUUCAGCAAUUUGUUUUUCGUGCUCAAGAAUCAUGUUUCAAUGUGUCUCUGUGCAGCACUGUUGUUAACUCUGCUGAUGCUAACAAAGUUUCAGAAGUCUUUGACAUGUAUGACCUUCUGCGUGACAAAAGCAUUGAGCAGAUGCUGCAACUCAUUGAGUCUUGUGCUGGAGACACUGUUGAUGCACUGGCUAGUAGUUUGAAAGAUAGAGGGUUCUAUAUCUGUGUAGAAGUUGAGUUGUCAGAAGAUGUCAAUGAAACAGAUGUUACACUACGCACGCGUGCUCAGCUUCAAGAAACCAUCACUGCACUUAAAGGGGCUCCUAGUGGCAUUACCAGUGUUACUAGUGAUGUGUGUUCUUUAUUGUUAUCUUCAAACAGUCGAAAACGUCGUGACAUUGAUGAGAAUGCAACAGUAAAGCGAAUUAGACGCAAUGUAGACAAUGCGACGGACUCACCAUCCAUUGUAUAUCCUACAACCGUUCAAUUAGCAUUUAAGAGCAGUGGAGAAAAUGCUGCAAGUUUGACUGCUUUAUGUGACAGUUCAGCUGAAGCUAUCAAUGCAACACUAGCAUGCUCUAUGUGCGGUAAUGGUGUGUUAAAUGUGGUUGAUGAAAAUUGUGAUGAUGGAAACAGUAUGUCUGGUGAUGGCUGUUCUAGUGAGUGUACGAGUGAGUCAGGUUUUGACUGCAACACAAAUGUGGCACCCAAUAUUUGUUACAAGAAGAAUUGUGGUGAUGGUGUUCGUGUGACUGGAGAAGAUUGCGACAAUGAAAACAGUCCUGGUUGUUCAAACUGCUUGAAAGUUCAAGGCUUCACAUGCCAUACUCCUUUCUAUGAAAUGAGUAUAUGUUUCAAUUGUGGUAAUGGAAUAGUCGAAGAGUCAGAGGAGUGUGACAAUGGCUUCAGUAUCGACAUUGAUGGUUGUAACAACACUUGCUUUGUCGAUCACUUGUGGAAAUGUACUUCUGUGAUUGGAAAAUGGAGUGUUUGUCAACAUACUUCUGUUGACUUUAAUGCUGCAGAUAACAUGACAUUGAAUCCUCCUGAAAUUCAUUUUAACAGUGGAGGUGUAACGUUGUUUAUAGUAAAUGAUGCUAGGCAGUUGGAUAUCGAUGACUUCGGUGACACGGACUGGGAAAGAAUUGAACUUGUUUUGUCUGUUCCUUUAUCUGCCAGCAUCUUCUAUGAGAACGUGGACUACUCUCGCAGUCAGGCAGCAACUCAAGAAAGAAUAUCUUUUUCCGAUUAUGUGGAGUUGGAUAAUGCUAUUAGAGAGGGCAGCACUGUUAACAUCAAGUUGGGAAUGAGGCAGAAAACGAUUAUACGACUGUCGAAGCCCGCUAAUCUAACGCACGUAUUGCUAUCUUUGAUGUAUAGUCAUGCAGCAUCUGAAUCAGUAUAUGGAGAGUACAGAUAUGUGAAUGUAACAAUUGUGGAUAUUUUUGGCGAAGCAGCCCCUACUGUAACUGUAACUCUCAGAUACAUUGGCAACAAUGAACACUCUCCGGUUGUCAAUAUUGCAACAAACUUAACAGAAUUACUAGAGGGUGUGGAAGAAGUAUUUGUGACUGGUGGAACUUUAACAUUGACUGAUGUGGACAAUGAUAUCUUUCCAGUAAAGUCAGCAUUUGUAAAGAUUUUGGGAGAGACCGAGACUAUCGUGUAUCAAAGAUUGAAUGCGACUGUAAUCUUUCCAUGGAUUAACGUAACGUAUGAUGAAGUGAAAGGAGAGCUGCAUUUUGUGGGUGAUGCUUCUGAAAUAGAAUAUCAGGCUAUGUUGAACUCUGUCAUCUAUAUCAAUACGUUUGAGGAUAUUGGAGGAUUGCCGUUUGACCACAUUGUUGUGACGUUUGGUGUUUCCGAUGGAGCAAACUCACCAGGCACAGCAGUCGUGAUAAUUCACUUGAUUAAUGUGAACAAUCCUCCUGUUGUAUUAAUCAGUCAGCAGUUGUCUGCAAAUAUUUCAUUUAUCGAAGGGGGUGACCCAGCAUCUUUGCCCCACGACUCUGUACAUAUCACUGACAGUGACAACAGCCUUCUUUCUGGAGCCAUCAUUACACUUUUGAACAGCCAGGCAGGUGAUGUGAUAUCGGUUAAUACAAAUGAGACUACUAUUGCUGUCAAUGAGUUUACCGAAGCUGGUCAUCGUUAUUUGGAACUGAAUGGUAUUGCUCCUAUUGAGAUGUAUGAGGAAGUAGUGUCAUCUCUCACUUACUCUUUCACGUUACCAAGAUCCAGUGUGUUGAAACACACGGUGAAAGUCAUUACAUUGAUCGUGUCUGAUGGAACCAACAAUAGUGAUGUAGUGGGAAUCAAUGUGGCUAUCACACCAGUGAAUGAUGGUCCUAUCAUACACUUCAGUCCUGAUGCGGAGUUUCCGUUGGAUUCAGAUCGAAAUUAUGCUGUUGGGUUUGCUGAGGAGGACAAACCUGUCAAUUUGAUUCCAAACGCAACAACAAUUUUUGAUGUUGAUAGCACUUAUGCUGGAGGGGCUACCAUACAACUGCAUGGCAUUAUUGACAAAAUGGAGGAGAGAUUGAUAAUCGAUAAGCUGUUAGCUGACAUUCGCAAUAUUAGCAUCAAUGUGUCGUCAUUUCAUUCGUCAUUUAACAUAACGCUUGUUGGGAUUGCCAGCUUUGAAGUUUACAGACAAAUCAUUUUGACGCUGCAGUAUGAAGACACCAAAGUUGAUGAGCCACAAGAAGGUUCAAGAAUUGUUGUGAUUGUGUUGAAAGAUGAACAGGGUGUAGCAGGAUUGCCUGCUUUUGUUACUGUUACGGUGACAAGACGCAAUGAUCCUCCAGAGUUGAGUCUUGGUGUUGGCUUUGGCGAAGAAGAUGUGAUAGAGUUCAGUGAGAUAGAGGAAGGAGAUAAUGGAGCUGGUAUUCAAGUCGUGAGUUUGCCACAUCGUGUUGCCAUUAGAGAUGAGGAGGAAAACACACAGCAACAGUUUAUUCAAAAGAUGAUUAUUCAACUCAGAGCCACGGGUUGUGGAGAGCUUGAUGCAAUGGAAUAUGUGUAUUUAUUGCAGUGUCCAGACACAGGGUUUUUGUGUCAAUUUUCUGAUGAUGGCAAAAGCAUCAGUAUGUCUGUUGAUCAACAGGUGAUGGAUGUAGUCGCUAUCCGAAAGACGUUUCAAGAAGUGUUGAGUUCUGACGUUUUCUACAUCAAUCUUAAGGAUGAGCCAACUUUAUAUUGUGUGAAUCAGAAAGAACAGAACGUAGAGUUUGAUCGAUAUAUUGAUGUGACAAUCAGUGACAGUGGGUCUUCUUCUCUCAACACCACUGUCAGUAUCCGUGUAUUGAUAUCACCCAUUAACGACAAUGCACCACUUUUGUCUCUUGCUGUAUCUGAUGGCUGUGAGGUGUCUCUUGCAGAUGACGAUUAUGCUGCCUUAGCGUAUGGUACACUGGCACAGUCGAUUAAGAAACGUGACGUACCCGAGAGAAGAAAUGCUGCUAACCGACAGGCUCCAAGUGUGCUGUAUGUUAAGGCCGUUAACAGUCCCUCGGGCAGCUUACAAUCUGGAUCAUCAUUGUCUAUUUCAUUCUCUCACCAUACCAACAUGCCUUGCGUAUUGAGACCUGCCGAUCUCCGUCGAGUUCUCAUUUUGAAUCCACCUCUUCUUUUGGAUACACCACACAUGGCGUUUUGGCGAGAUCCUCAGACACUGACCAUUCUCUUUCUUGCAAGCAAUGAUGAACCAUUGGCCAUUGCUGACAUUUUUGUUGUAUUCAAGGGUCAGAAAGAAAACUGUGAUGUAGACAGCUUGUGUGAACAUGGUGUAUGCCUUGCUGGUGGCUGGUCAUGUAGCGUCACUGGUUCCUAUGGAGUGCACCAAAAUGCACCAUUGCAUCACUCUGAUACCAACACAGUCAGGAACCUCGACACAGUGCUCGUGUCAUCCACUAAGGAAGUAAAACAGUCUCAGUCAAAUGAUUGGUAUCUGCUUGUUGUCUUAACGUGCUUUAUCAUAAUUGUUCCUGUCGUUAUUGCUAUUGGAUGUCGUUAGUAAGGUCAGAGUCUGUUUUAUGUGAACAAGGGUUUUCUGUGUAUUGCACAAUUGCAUAAGGAAUUCGAAGUACGCGAGUGAUGGUAGCAUUCACACUUGCGGCCUAGAACUAUAGUACGCUUGAAACUUUGCUUUAUACUAUUGCGUGAAGCAUUUGUACUGUUUGUAGGUAAGAAAGAACAACUGCUGCGCGUUUGCUUUACAGUAAAUUCCAGCUGUUGUAAUUUUCUAGCUAUGUUUAACGUACAGUUUUUUGUGUGUGCCAUUUCCGGACGUCUAUUUAGUUAAUUAUAAAUGAUCUGUGACCUUCUGCAUAUGUCAAUUGCCUCUGCAUGGUACUAGCAAUAGAAACGCGUUGCUCGAGAGACUGAGUCACUAAGCAAACUUAUUUCAAAGCGUCAGCACAAUUAAGUAACCUUUUUGGUAGUAAAUUCAA